GCACGACGACUCCGACUCCGACUCUGUUCCUGGUCCGCACGACGACUCCGACUCUGUUCCGGACCCUCGCCCCGAUGAUGCUGCUCCCCGUUUCCUGCCAAAACGUGGCGGUAUGGACAACCGAGCACUACCUCGUCGGGGACGCCCGCCUGAUCUGCCCGUGCGAUCGGCCCACGUCUGGCGUCCUGGACGCCCGCCUGACUGGCCGUGACGGGCUGGUGUUGCUCCCUCCUCCGAGCAACCUUCUGACUUUUUGUUUCCUCGGGACGUCUGGGAUCCGUCCCUUGAGGGGGGGGUACUGUUAGGUUUUGUGUUUGGUUUCUCCUUGUGUGACUUGUCCUGUGAUUACCCAUUACUCUCACCUGUGUGUGUUUUCCCAGUGUAUUCGGCAAUCUGCAUCCACCUGUGUUACCCAGCUGUUCCUUGUCUCGUUAUCCCUUGUCUGCUUGUGUAUAUAUGCUCCCAUUUUCUGUUCACUCCUUGCUGCGUCAUUGUCUAUGUCUAUGUCUAUGUCUAUGUCAAUGUCUGUGCCUGCGUCAAAGUUGAAGUCCAGUCCUAGCCCUCGUGUUCGUCUCAGUAAGUUUUUGAUAUUCAGCCUUUGUUAGUGACCUAAGUUAUUUGUUGAUAGUUUUUUGAUCACCACAGCCUUUGUUUUGUACUUUGUGCCUUUUGUUAGUUAUCAUUAAAGCCCUUUUGAGUUCUCUGCCACCUGCCUCGCUGCCUUUUUCGUUUUCCCUGCAUUUGGGUCCAUAACAACCUGCCUGCCUGCCCGUUCAUUCCUGACAGAGGACCGAUUCAGCAUCCGGGCAAGAUAGAGCUGACUGGCAGAAGGAGACAACCAAAACAUCGCAUCCAUCCUGCAAUCCAGGCCUCUCCGCAUCCGUCGAUGCUCGCUCCACAACCAGCGAUGACUUCCUGAGAGGGGCGGGGGGUGUCCCCUUGUCUGUCUCGCGGAGGGGCUUGAUCGCUACCGCACACGCAUGGAAGGAGCAUGGCCGCGAUGAGGACUUUAACCGCGGCGGGUCUCGUCCUAGCCUUGUGCGCCCUCGGCCUGAUCGCGGUGGCCAUCGGCACAGACAACUGGUACGAGACGGACGCCAGGCGGCACCGAGAGCGCUGCAAGAACUACUCGAACAAGAGGACCGACCCGGGCUACAUUUACACUUCUAACAACAACCUCCCGCUGCGCAUGCUGCCCAAGGGGGCCGCGGGUUCGGAUUCGGAGGCGAGGCUGGCCGGGCUGCGGUCUCGGCGGCACCUGGCGCCACAAGCAUCUGCCAUGGAGUCGCUAUGUAAUCGGCAUUUCAACUCCACCGUCACCGGACUGUGGAGGAGGUGUCAUCGGAUAGGAUUUGAUUUGGAGACCGAGGAUUUAAUCUUUAAAGGAUUGGUUGCACGUUGCACCCCAAUAAAAUACUACUACUCUUCAUCGGCACUACCCAGGAAUGUGCCCAUCAACCUGACCAAGACGAUCCGGCAGGAUGAGUGGCACGCACUACAUCUCCAGAGGAUGACGGUGAGUUUUAUUGGUAUGGCCAUCUCCAUCAUCCUGUUUGGCUGGACCAUCGGCGUGCUGGGCUGUUUGAAGGCACAUGACCUCAUGCAGUAUGUUGCUGGACUGCUCUUCCUCAUGGGAGGAACAUGCUGCAUCAUCUCCCUCUGCACUUGCGUGGCGGGAAUCAACUUUGAACUGUCACGUUACCCUCGUUACAUGUUCGGAAUACCGGAAGACAUCAGUCACGGCUACGGGUGGUCCAUGUUCUGCGCGUGGGGCGGGCUAGGACUGACUCUGCUGGCCGGGUUCCUGUGCACGUUGGCCCCCUCCCUCUACCCGCCGCACACACCUGUGGCCCACAAGCCACGACAGGAGAACGGUUGCGUGUGAAAGGCCCGCUUUAACCUGAGACGGACUACGCCGUCGCCUACAUGCGGGACAGAAUUCUGCACCAUGUUGCAAAGAAAGCACAACAACACAAUGGGUUGAUAUUGGACUAAAAAUGAUCCAGUUGCUUGAACUGAUCAGUGUUGAAGGGACAGAACUGUUGUUCAGCACAUUUGUAAACAAACACUCCCUCCCAUCUGACUAGACCAAAGGUGUCAAACUCACGGCCUUGGGCCAGAUCCACUCCACCACAUACUUUUGUGUGGCCUGUGAAAGCAAAUCAUUUUGCAUCGACUUUAUAUUUCGUGCCUAAAUGCCAAAACCAGUGUUCCUUCAGGAACCCUAGAAUGAAAAUUAAUAUUUUUAAAGAACAAAAUUUAUCAGAUAGAAUUUCAUGCAAUUAGAGAAAUUUAAAAGAAACUUUAUCAAGAUUAAAAUCUUUUAAGAAUUUUUCACUCUUGGGCUGCCUUUGACAGUGCUAGACAUCCAAUCUGUUUUGACUGGGAGGUUUGACAGCGAUCAUUCAGACCAAAUCCUCACAGUCAGCCUUCCCAGUCAAAAUGGAUUGGAUGUCUAGCACCAUCAAUUUUACUAACUACCACAAUACAUAUUCUGUGAAUACCAUACAUACAGUAUACUACCUGGGCUGGCAGUGAAUGGGCUAAGGCCCCACAGGAACUCAGAAAACUACAUAUUGUCACUAUUAAAAACAUUGAGAUAUCUCAAGAUUUUUUUUUUUUUAAUAGCUGCCUUCUGAUUUCAAAAGCAGAUAUCACUCAUUUUUUUGCGUAUGUAAUAAUUUGAGGCAGUUAUACAGUACAUACAGUAUAUAUAGGUUAUGGGCCCCUUUACAAAAAUGAGUCUGACACCUCUGGACUACACAAAGAGAAUAGCACAACCUUGAAACUGUAUUAAAUAUGAACUCAUAUGGAUGUGUACUGUCACAUUUGAAAGGGCAACUGUGUACCAUUCUGUAUCAUUCAGCAUAAGUUAUGUACAUGUAUCUUUUGAACUGUAUGUAUGCAGAUGCAUUUGUGUUUAUUCAAGGGAAAAAUAUGGAACGUGAAGUCCAAAGUGUUCUGUUGUUCUUGAGGUCGUCUAACCUGUCGGAAUAUUUUCUAAAAAUAAAACAGCCAUGCAAAACA